GCGGCCAGAGACUCCCGGAGAUGGCAGAGAGUUUGCCCCAAGAGAGAUUGCCAUCACCGACCUAAUCAUUUUGGCUCAAGAGGUUUGUAUGAAUUAUGGCUUCACGCUUUGACUGCACCGUCUUCUCUUCUACAGCUUAUGUCUUGCAAAGCUGGACUCGUCAACAAGAUGUGGAACUCAGUGGAUUCAAAGAGGCAUCCCCUCCGCUACUUGCAUCGAUUGCGGCUUCUGCAGCCCAACCGGAACACGCAGCGGCAACAGUCAGGGCGUUUCUAUGACAACAUCAACGAUGGAUGUUUAAGGAUCUCUCGCAGCUUACCUCAACGUGGCCUCUCACCAAUCAUGCCAAGGUUCAAAUCACAGCUAUGCGCCGUUGCCGAGCAUUUUUGCUCAAUGCACACCAUGCAGGAGGCCACCAUGAAAUCCCUCCCCUCCAUGCGGUCUCUGCCGCCCUGCCAGGAGAGCGACGGCGAGCCACUGGAGACCGACGACGAGUUCGACCACCCGCGCGGGCUCGGGCCUGGGGCGAGGUCAGUCACCAGAGGAGAGGAGCAGAACCUGGAGGAGCAGAACCUGGAGGCGGGCGAGCAGAACCUCGCCCGCUGCUGGCGGGCGAGGUCAGUCACAAGAGGAGAGGAGCAGAACCUGGAGGAGCAGAACCUGGGGCCUGCGCGCGUUCGGCGAGGAGCAGAACCUGGAGGCGGCUGCGCACCCGAGAACCCACCCGAGCACGUGCAGGACCCAGCCUGGGCGGGCGCCGGCGGCGCCCAGCCGGCUGCUCGCGAGCGGCCGCCGCCUCGGCCUGGAGGCGCCCAGCGCCACGGCGUUGUCGGGGCAGCGCCGCGCUCCUCCUCCUCCUCCUCCUCCUCCUCCUCCUCCUCCUCCUCCUCCUCCUCCUCCUCCUCCUCCUCCUCCCUCCUCCUCUUCCUGCUCGCCGACCAGUCCGCCCGGCGUGCCGCCGCGCUCCGCCGCGGGUGCGGCGCUCGCUGGGCGGCCCCCGGGCGACUGGGCCCCGCGGGCGCAGCCCGUCCACGCCGAGGGCAUGGCCGCGCCCGGCUCGGGCCGCGCGGCCCGGGCGGGGCAGCCGGCGUGUGCAGGGCGGGCGGGGGCCGCCGGCGGCGCGCUCGCGGCUGCCAGCAGAGUUCUCGGAGCAGGAGCAGCUGCUGGCGGAGCUCCAGCGGCAGGGUCAGGAGAUCAGGCAGGGCAUUCUCCAGCAGGAGGCCGACCUGGCGGAGCUAG